GUGAAUCGACUCUUUUGGGAAUCGACUCCAGAGCCUCCAUGAUAGCGGCUGUGCUUGUGUGUGAGAGUUCAGUAUUACCACAUUAGCGCUUAUAAUAUUUGUUAUAAUGAGUCGUUUUGCGUCUCUGCUAAGGAGGACUUUUGGUGUAAUGAAAGAACAUGUCGGAACAGAUCAUUUAGGAAAUAAAUACUACUACAUACCCGAGCAGAAGACAUGGACAGGCCGGGUUGUUCGGGCUCGGCGGUUUGUUGAGGCGUCCAAUCCCACAGAGUUUGAGUACCUCGAAGGAAGCAUUCCCUCUGAAUGGGAAGCUUGGAUUAGAGGACGACGCAAGGAUCCUCCUACUAUCGAGGAGUUGCUAAAGAAUGAAGUUUACAGAGAACAAAUCAAAAUCAAAGCUCAGGAGGCUGAAGAGAAGGACAGAGAACUGCAAGCCAGAGAGUAUGCAGAGGGACUAGUUGCACGGCCGGUGCAGACUCAGGUCAAAGGUCACGCUGCUGCCACACAGUUUGGGCAGUCAGAAAUCAGUGAGGAUCCUGUGAGCAGUGCGAACACGUUCCAGCCUGGAUCCUGGGCUCCUCCAAAAAAAUAACACUGUCACAUAUUUUUUGUUAUUGUCAUUCGAGUCCCGGACUUUCAAUGGACAAGUUUAGAGCUUCACUGAAUGGGUAAAAAUGUUGCUGUGUUUUCAGUGGAUCUUUCCAGCUUUUAUGAAGAUCUAAAUAAAUGUAGUGCAAAAUGUAUUCCUUUACUAGUAGAUUGGAAACUGUAACUUAAGUUACAUCCUCUGUGCACAAAUUUCUCUAAUAUUUUGUUACAUUCAUUGGACUCUGUUUUAUUUAUUUCAAUAAGAAUUAUGAAUUAUUUUGCUCAGGUAAUUUUCUUUUGUGUGUUUUCUGAGAGAGAGAGAUCGUAAACCUUGUCUUGGCUAUCUUAGUAUGUCAGGGUUAAGGAACAUUUUAGAUUUACAGUUAUUCUUUAGGCAGGUGUUUAUACACAAAGCACUGUACAAAUGAGGCCCGAUUCAAUUUAAACACUUUAUUUAUCCUGGUUUUGGUGGCACAUUAUCAUUCAUAUCAUUCAUGUUACAUGUCACAUAGCCAGGUGUGUCUCUGACCACCUCUGAAAGUCAUCAGAUUUGUCUCCAAGAUGCAUUUGACCCCUUUCCUAACUGAACGCAGAGAGAAAAAAAACCCUGAAAGCCUCUAUUAAUCUUUAUAAUUAAUGUAAUUAUAAACGUAACAUAAUAACGUGCAUCCAGUGUUUAUUUUGUAAUUCGCUUUUUUGGUUUAAACUUUUUUUUUAUUGAUGUUUUGGUGUAUUUUCACUUUGGCUGUCAGUUUGCUACAUUACCCACAAUGCCGUUUGACUGCUUAGUGGUGCAAGAGGGAAUUUGUCUCUUCCUAAAGAGAGUGAUGCAGCAGCGCUUUAGUCUGUCCAGCUGUCUCAUCUCCUCAUCUGUACACUCUGCUCAAACAGAUCAGAUUCAACGUUCAGGCUAAUACCACCAUCAAUGCCGUCAUGCUCGUCACCUUGUUGGUCACUAUCUCGUUUCUCCUGUAACUCGGCACAUCUGUGUCAUAUAGCUGCAAAGCUUUCUGGAACUCCAGAAAGUCCAGUGUUUCCUGUCUCUACUACGUCGUACACUUCUCAUUAAUGUAAUAUUGAACACUGCUAGAAAAUGGUGAGUGAGAAAAGAAGCUCUUUUGUUUUUAGGAGCAAAUAGUGAAACCUAAGCGAAACCUGUGACAUCAGCACAACACAAAAGUUGUAACUUCUCAUGGGAAGAACAAUAACACAGCACCAACCAACAAAGUAACACCAAGAAACACAUCACAAAUAGUUCAAUAUGAACGUAUUUAAUAUGUUUCAGAGUGGAGGGUUCCUUUAACACUGUCCCCUUAAACGUUUUUCCAUAUGUCUAAAGUAUUUGCACCUAAUUUAGACAAAUAAAUGGUGGUGUGUAAUUUGCAGUUGUGUUACUUGCCCAAAUUCCAGAUGGUCAUAGUGAAUUUUCACACAAUAUCAGUAAACUACUAUCACAAUUCUUAAAGCAGAGCCACAUUGAUUGGACAAACGUUAAGACAGUUCAGGCUGUUAAGAGCUUUUUUAAUAACAAUAAUAAUAAUAAAAACUUCAGUGGAUUUGUGUUGGAAAAGGUCAUCAUUAAAAAGUAUUGGAAUGCUGAGUGGUGCAAUUAUGUUACAGCAAUGAAUUUUCCAGGAGAAAAAAAAAAAAAAACACUGCAGUUCUGCAAAAGUGAUUUCAAUUAAUCAGCCCCUUGA